AUGUCUCUAAAAUUGUUGUCGUGCCUUUUCGUGCUGGUUUUGGCCGCGAUCGCCUGCGAGGGGCAGACCCAAUACAAUCCGUAUCUGAGGAACCCCUACUACAGGGACCUGUACUACAAAAACCGCGAUCUGUACAACCUGCGCCGCUACUACGACGGCUUCUACAAAAAGUACAACCCCUUCAUUGCCAACGCCCAGGCCCGCGUUGUGGCCCAGUCCAACGAGGCCAACUACGGCACGGGAUCCUAUGUCUACAAUUAUGAGACGGAGAACGGCAUCCACGGCGAGGAGCGCGGUGUGCCCGUCAAUAUAGGCAACCAGGAGCAGGAGGAACAGGUCGAGGGUGCCUACUCCUACAUCUCGCCGGAGGGUCUGCGCGUGGGCGUCAAAUACGUGGCCGAUGCCAACGGCUUCCGUCCAGUGAUCACCUAUGAUGGCGUAAACUCUGCCUUCUAUGCCAGCCAGCCUGCCCCGGCAAAUGUGGUCUACACGAAGCAUUGA